AUGGCUGAAGCAAAGCCCAGGCCCAGGGACUCCGCCCUUGGAGUCUUCAAGGAGGUUUUCAACUGGUACCCGUCUCACUAUCCGUCGGAAGAGAGAAGGUUAUUGUUCAAACUAGAUUUGUCGAUCUUGGUAUUUGCUUGUCUAUGCUUCUUUGUGAAGUAUCUAGAUCAGACAAAUAUCAGCAAUGCCUAUGUUAGCGGACUCAAAGAGGACUUCUCCCUCCAUGGGAAUGAACUGAACUACUUCAAUGUCUGCUACUUCACAGCCUAUGUUGUGUUCCAAGUUCCCGGCUUACUGUUGAUGUCGCGUCCCAAACUCGCGCGAUGGCUGCUCCCUGGACUGGAAAUAUUGUGGGGGAUCUGCACCUUCGCUCAAAGCCGCGUCACCAGCGUCAACCAGAUCUAUGCCCUUCGAUUCCUAGUUGGCAUGCUAGAAGCGCCAGUUUUUGCUGGGACUCAUUUCAUCCUCGGCUCCUGGUAUUCAGGCCCAGAACUCUUCAAGCGUGCCGGCACCUGGUUUAUCUGUAAUGCACUCGGUACCAUGGUUAGUGGCUAUCUACAGGCAGCUGCCUACACCAAUCUCUCCGGGGUAGGUGGCAUGCCAGGAUGGAGAUGGCUGUUUAUCAUUGACGGCAUCUUCACGAUUCCCGUGGCCUUGCUUGGCUUCUUUAUCUUCCCGGGUGUCCCAGACUCUCCUCGACCUUUCUAUCUGACAGAGAGCGACAUAAACUUGGCCAAGGAGAGACUGGCCAGAGCGAAGAUUCGUCGACCGGGGAAGUUGAGUGCGGAUGUCUUCAAGCGUAGCUUGAAGCGCUGGCAUAUCUGGGUGUUCAUUUUCUCCUACGCAUGCAUGAUCAUUUGCUCUUAUCCCAUGAGUUAUAUGAAUCUGUGGCUCAAGGCUGAAGGUUAUUCGGUUACUCAAAUUAAUCAAUUACCGACGGUCAUGUAUGCGAUUAAUAUUGUUGCCUCGUGGCUGGGAAGUACACUGGCGGCCAUCUACCCCGAAUGGGUAAUUUUCUCGAUUGGUUCAGGAUGCUGUUUCUUCUCUGUGAUUUGUAUGAUUGUCUGGUUUAUUCCCACCGGUCUAAAAUUCGUUGCAUGGUAUCUCUUUGGCUUCGCUGGCUGCUUGAGUCCCAUCUUGUAUUCGACCGUGAAUACGAUCGUUAAAGAUGAUUCUGAAGAGCGAGCAUUGAUUUUGGGAUCUAUGAUGACCUUUGGCUACUCUUUCAACAUCUGGGUCCCGCUUCUACUUUUUCCGACUGCAGGCCCUUAUGGCGCCCCGCGGUGGAAGAAAGGAUGGCCCGUGUCGCUUGUGUUUUUCUUUUUGCUCUGGGCUGGUUUCAUGACAGCCGUUAUCCUCCACCGACGCGAGAAACGAAGGGAAGCUGCCUUGGCUGCCCAGGAAGGUACUGAUGAGGACGUGGAAACCAUUAUUGUUGACCGGGACGCGCAUGCUAAAGGCGUGUCAAAGGACUAG